AAAUCAAAUUAAACUAAAUCAAGUCCUCUGUGUGUGUCUCUCUCUCUCUCUCUCUCUCUCUCUCCUCUCGUGUAUGAACCGUUGUAUAAUAUAUAGAUUCACGUGUGUUUGUCAACAUGGAUAUGUCGGUCAAUCUUUAGUAGCACAAGGCAAAAGAAAUAAAAAGGGCCCUUCUUUUGUGCUUGUUGUGUGUUCAAAAGAUUGGAUAUAGUUUCUUUUUAAGAGGUCCUCUGCUUCUUCUUCAACCAGACCAUUCUCUUCCAUUUCAGUUUCUCUCUCUUAGUGUUCUUUGAUCAUAUGGAGCUAGCUUUGAGCCUGGGAGACGCAUCAAAGCCCUUCUCUUUCCUUGAGAAGCCCCAGAACAUGGCGGACAAGGAUUUAGGGUUUUGCAUGGGUUUAGGGCCUGGGGCUAACGAAAGAAGAAGGCAAAAUGAGAACUUUGAAGGGGAAAGAGAUGAAGAUGAGAGAAGGGUUUCAUCAGAUCCGCCCGUUCAGCUCGAUCUUCUUCCCUUUUCUCCUGUUCCCCGUAACCCACCUCCCUCGCAGCUUUCAUUUCCAUGGCUGCCUGAUCAUAACUUGGCACCUGAGGCGGGUUCGUCUGACGGGCCAGCGAGAGGGGUCGAUGUGAACCGGCCGCCAGCUGCAGGAGAUGAGGCGGACGACGGCGGGACGGCGCUGUCUUCUCCGAAUAGCACGGUCUCGUCGUUCCAGAUGGACUUCUCGUCGAUCUACAGAAGCGGAAGCGGCAGAAGAAGCAAACGAGAUUUGGAAGCCGCGGGGAUUAACGAAAUUGACGCGGAGAGAGCAUCUUCCCGAGCCAGCGACGACGACGAGAAUGGCCUCACUCGGAAGAAACUCAGACUGUCCAAAGAACAGUCAGCUUUUCUCGAAGAAAGCUUCAAAGAACACCAUACCCUCAACCCGAAGCAGAAGCUUGCUCUGGCAAAACAGCUGAAUCUGCGUCCUCGCCAAGUAGAAGUGUGGUUUCAGAACAGGAGAGCAAGGACGAAGUUGAAGCAGACGGAGGUGGACUGCGAGUACCUGAAGAGGUGCUGCGAGACGCUGACAGAAGAGAACAGAAGGCUACAGAAGGAGCUCCAGGAGCUGAGAGCUCUGAAGACUUCUCAGCCCUUCUACAUGCAGCUUCCCGCCACCACUCUUACUAUGUGCCCCUCCUGCGAGCGCGUCGCCACCACCACCGCCGCCCCCUCCACCUCCGCCGGCGCCGCCAACUCAACCCCUCUGCCCGUUUCCAAGCCCAGAUUUUACCCUUUCUCCCACUCACAAAACCACGCGCAGCAGGUCCACGCCCACCCGGCUGCCUCAUAAAAACAACUUCAUCUUCUUCUUCUUCUUCUUCUUCUUCUUCUUCUUCUUCUGUGUAUAUAUUUUGGGUUUGAUAGCAUUCCGCCAUUUCCCCACCUGCAAUUUUUUUAUUUAAAUUAUGAUUCUGAUACUUAAAUCCUUGAUGGGUUUUUGGAGAAGGGCGAGAUUAAGAUUAAGGAGUGUUAAUAUUGACCAGAAACUAGGAGAGAUUUUUUUUUUUUUUUUUGAAUUUGUUUUUCGACAGAUCGAGCAGCUUUAUGUUUGCUUAGUUGCUACCCUCUUCCAUAGUUGAUCUGAUUUUGUACUAAAACUUCAUUUACAAGUUGUUUUGUCAGUGUUUAAUAUUAAAUUUUUAUAUAUCUUUAUG